UGUCAAAUUCGGACUCCUCUCGCUCUUUUUCCGGGCAUCUUUGAUGUGCUAGUGGACACAUUUCGUUGUGAACCCAAAUAAAAAUCGCUAUGGUGUUCGGUUCCAAGGUGAUCAAAGCCGGCAACGGCGAACCCGAUGCGUUCGAGACGCAAAUUGGCCAGGCUAUCCUGGAGCUCGAAAUGAACUCGGAUCUCAAGCCGCAGCUGCGUGAUUUGUACAUCACCCGCGCCCGUGAGGUCGAGUUUAACAACAAGAAGGCGAUCAUUAUCUACGUGCCGGUGCCGAAACAGAAGGCGUUCCAGAAGGUUCAGACCCGGCUGGUGCGUGAAUUGGAGAAGAAGUUCUCCGGCAAGCACGUCGUGUUCAUUGCGGAGCGUCGUAUUCUGCCCAAGCCAAUGCGUGGUCGCCGGGACCCCAACAAGCAGAAGAGACCGCGCUCCCGAACCCUAACUGCCGUGUACGAUGCCAUCCUCGAGGAUCUGGUGUUCCCCGCGGAGGUUGUCGGCAAGCGUAUCCGUGUGAAACUCGACGGUUCCCAGCUGAUCAAGGUGCACCUGGAUAAGAACCAGCAGACUACCAUCGAACACAAAGUUGAUACGUUUGCGUCGGUGUACAAGAAGCUGACUGGCCGUGACGUUACGUUCGAAUUCCCUGAGAACUACCUGUAAAAUAAGAGGUCGCACUAGGAUAGCCAGAGUCAGCAGCAGCAGCACUUGGUUUUGGAGUGUUUGUGCUACUACUUUACGUGGGAG